AUGGAGACAUUCCCAACUUCAGGAAUUUUGGUCGAGGCCAAGGGCUUUGAUAACUUCGGGGGAUGGGUUCUGGAUUCGCAGUUUGAGCUCGAGAUGGGCUCACCUUACCUGCUGGCCCAUGGUAAUGGCAGGCCGGUCGCUGACGCUUCCACUGUUAUCUUUGUUCAGGUGGCCGGUGUUUACAAUGUCUGGGUUCGCACGAAGGACUGGGUUCCCGGCCAUCAUCCGGGAAGGUUUGUCCUGAAGAUCAACGAAAACCGCCUCAGUACUGAAUUUGGAGCCAACGACAAAGAUUGGAAUUGGCAAGUCGGAGGCCGUGUCGAGAUACCAGCGGGUGAAACGAAGCUUGUAUUGCACGAUCUAACUGGAUUCUGCGGACGCUGUGAUGCCAUCUUCUUCAGUCUCGAUGACACGCCGCCACCCCAGGCAGCAGAUGACGCAGCACAUGCCUGGCGCCAGCGCCUUCUUGGUCUGGAUAAUGGGCCUGUCGAUGCAGGAAACUACGAUGUUAUCGUGGUUGGAGGUGGCGUUCCUGGAGCUACCGCAGCCCUAGCAGCGGCCCGCCUAGGAGAACGUGUUGCCCUUAUUCAAGACCGCCCAUUUUUAGGUGGUAACGCGAGUGUGGAAAUUGGUCUCCAUCCACGCGGAUGGACGUGCCCGCUAAUUGAGGAGCUUUCACAACGCACUCGUAAUGGUGAUCUUCAAGCAAUCAAGUUGCUUAAUGCCGAACAAACUGCAAAGGUCUUUAUGGAGCACACUGUCUACAACGCCAUCACCGUUGACUCGUCUAUUGUCUCGGUUGACGCUCGCGAUGCCCGUACUGGACGGGAAAUUCGUCUCUCUGCGCCAGUUUUUAUUGAUUGCUCUGGAAAAUCUAUACUUGGACUUUUCUCGGGCGCGGAAACCCUUUUCGGGCAGGAGUCGCGGGCUGAAUAUGACGAGAGUCUAGCCCCUGUGAAGGGAGACAAUAUGCAUCACGGCAACACUUUGUUUUUCCGCACCAGAAUGACGGAAAACCCUGUUUCCUUUCCGGAUGUCCCAUGGGCUAAAGAAGUGGCGAAAGACUUUUCUGACCUGCGUGGUCAGUUGCGGAAGCCAGGCAGUGAGAAUGGACCUGGACCUGUUGUCAUUUCACCUGACGCAAAGCCCGACCCAACUCUCGCCUACCGAAUGAAAGGGCCGCUCACCCACUUCUGGGAGUAUGGCCAGUGGCUGGAUCCCUAUACCCAAGGUGAAAACAUCCGCGACCACCUUCUCCGCGCAGUCUAUGGCACAUUCUCUAAUGUGAAGACGAUGGAGCCCGAAACCUAUGCCAACCUUGCGUUUGAUUGGGUAUCAUUUGUCCCUGCACAAGGCGAGUACAAACGAUACAAGGGCGACUAUAUCCUCAACGAGAACGACAUUCGCACACAUAAAGUGUUCCCUGACGCUGUAGUGAAAAACGGAGGAGCAUUUUGCCUACACUACCCUGGCGAUGAGAAGUAUGACUUCCGUCUGAAAUUCUGGGAGUGGGAUGAAAGAGACAAGCAGCCCUAUGACAUUCCAUUUCGCUGUCUCUACUCUAUCAACAUCUCGAACUUGUUGAUGGCAGGGAAACACAUGAGUGCUACCCAUGUGGCAGGCUCAAACACCAAGUUCAUGGCCAACGGUGCACAACAUGCCAUCGCUACUGCAGCUGCAGCUCACCUAUGCAAAAAGUACAAUACGACACCCAGGGGCAUUUACGAGAAUCACUUGACGGAGCUACAAGGCGUAAUAAGGACCAUCACUGGGCCUAAUGUGACAGAGUCCAUUAACCACGAAGACAAAAAAAUGUUGGCUGGGCUAUGA